UUUGUCCACAAGUGCUUAUGGAAAAGAUGGCUGAUAUUAACCUCAAAGAAGUAUCCUUAAUAGUAGGUGUGGUUACUGCCUGCUACUGGAACAGCCUCUUGUGUGGUUUUGUUUUUGAUGAUGUUUCAGCAAUACUGGACAAUAAAGACUUGCAUCCAUCUACACCUUUGAAAACUUUAUUUCAGAAUGACUUCUGGGGAACUCCUAUGUCUGAGGAGAUAAGCCACAAAUCUUACCGACCCUUAACAGUAUUGACCUUUCGUUUAAAUUAUUUGUUUAGUGAACUGAAACCAAUGUCAUAUCAUCUCCUAAAUAUGGUUUUUCAUGCUGUGGUUAAUGUGAUAUUUCUUUAAGUCUGCAAACUUUUUCUGGACCACAAGAGCAGUGUGAUUGCUGCUUUACUUUUUGCAGUGCACCCAGUACCCACAGAGGCAGUAACAGGUGUUGUAGUAAGAGCAGAACUUCUGUCGUCUAUUUUUUUUCUAGCUGCAUUUUUGUCAUAUACCAAAUCAAAAGGACAAGAUAAUUCCAUAGUGUGGACUCCAAUUGUGUUGACAGUGUUUUUAGUGGCUGUUGCAACAUUGUGUAAAGAACAAGGUAUUGUUGUGGGAAUUUGCUGUGUGUACGAAGUAUUUAUUGUCCAAGGGUACACUUUGCCAUUACUGUGUACCACUGCUGGGCAGUUUCUCCAUGGAAAGGGUAGUAUUCCAUUUUCUAUGCUGCAGACACUAAUAAAACUCAUUGUUUUGAUGUUCAGUACACUAUUGCUUGUUGUAAUUCGAGUGCAGGUGAUUCAGUCUCAACUUCCAGUAUUCACCAGAUAUGAAAUUUUGUUUCUUCUUUGAUUUUUUUUUCAUCCUUUUUUUAAACUUUAAGUUUUAAGUGAUUUUAAAUAUUCCAGAAAGUCUUUGAUUUACAUUGAGGUUCCUUAACAGCUCUGUUGAGGUAUAAUUAUUUUUUUUAAUCUGCAUAUUAUUUAAAAUGUACAAAUAAAUAAGUUUUGACAUAUAUGUACCACUCAUGAAACCACCACAAUAUGUUGUCUUCUAUAUUCUUAGUAAUUUUUGUCUACUUUUCCUAUUAAUUUUUAAAAGAAGGAUAUUGAAAUCUCUAACUAGAUUUGUAGAUUUGUCUGUUUCUUCUUGCAGCUCUGAGUUUUUGUUUGCUUUAUUAAGUGCAUAAACAUUUAGAACUGUAAUGUCCUUUUGAUGAAUUCAUCCUUUCAUCCUUAUUAAAAGAAUCUCUUUAUCCCUGGAAAUAGUUUUUGCUCAGAAAUUCACUUCAUCGUACAUUAAUAUAGCCACACCAGCUAUCUUUUUCCAACCUUUUGUCUCUUUUUAUAUUUAAACUGGAUUUCUUGUAGGCCUACAUACACUGGGAUCUUCUUUUUUUUUUUUUUUUGGUCGGAAAAAUCUUUGAAUGAGGUUUUUCAACUAUUUACAUUUAAUAUGAUUAUUGAUAUAGUUUGAUGUAAAUCUGCCAUCCUGCCAAUUGUUUUCUCUUUGUCCCAUCUGUUGUUUGUCCCUUUUUCUGUCUUUUGGACUCAGUAUGUCUUACUAUUCUAUUUUUAUCUCCUUGUUGGCUUAUUAGCUAUAAAUCUGCUGUGUUGUUUCAGUGACUGUUCUAGGGUUUUUCAAAUCAUCCUUUGCUAUCACAGUUUAUUUUCAAGGGAUAUUUUAAGUAUAUAUAUCAUAAAUGUUAAUAUGUAUAGUAUAAACAUAUGUAAUACAUAGGUUUUUAUAAAAUAUAAAUAUAUAAACUUAUAAGAACUUAGCUUUUGUGGUUGCAUACAUUUUCCUUGAGUAUACACUGUAAAUUCCACAAUACAUAAUUGUAUUUUUUGUAUUAAACAAUUAUCUUUGAAAGAAAUUUAAUAAAAUAUCCUUUAUAUUAAUCCAGAGUUCUGAUUUCUAGUGUUCUUCAUUUCUUUGUUAGGUUAGGAUUUUCAUCUGGUACUACUUUUCCUUACGACUGAAGGACUUUUCCUUAACACUUCUUGACAUGUAGGUAUGCUGGUGAUGAAUUCUUUUAGCUUUUGUACAUGAAAAUAUUUUUACUUUGCCUUUGAUUUUGAGAAGUAUGUUCCUGAGUGCAGAAUUCUACACUGACUGUUUUUCAUUCAGUACUGUAUAAAUGUUGCUCUCCUAUUUUCUGGCUUGCAUUAUUUUCAAUGGAAAAUCUUCUGUGAUCCUUAUCUUUAUGUUUCUGUGGAUAAUGUCUUUUUCCUAUGUCUGCUUUUAACAUUUUCUCUUUAUCAUUGUUUUUAUUUUUUUAUAUUGGAACAUAAUUGACAGAUAACAUUGUAUUAGUUGGUAUAAAGUGUAAUGAUUUGAUAUAUGUAUAUUGAGAAAUGAUUACCACAGUAACUGUACUUGACAUCCAUAAACACAUAUAGUUAAAAUAUUUUCAGGUAUGAUGGGAACUUUUAAGAUCUAAUCUCUUAGCAACUUCCAAAUAUCCAAUACAGUAUUGUAAACUAUAAUCACCAUGCUGUAUAUUAUAUCCCCAAGACUCGUAACUGGAAGUUUGGUUAAGGGUGGUCAAGUUACAAACUUCCACUGUUUCUUCUAUUUUCAUGUUUUUUGUGCUUAUGUUAAUUGAGUUUCUUAGAAUUCUGUAGGUUUUAUUUUAUAUAGAUUCUGGAAAAUUUUCAGCUGUUCUUGGAAAUAUUUUUCAAAUUCUUUUCUCUCCCUGCUUCUUAAGGGACUCCAAUUACAUGGAUAUUAGGUUUCUUGAAGUUAUUACACUGAUGUUCUGUUUAUUACUCUCCCAAAACUAUUUUCACCCCAUUUACAUUUUGGAUACUUUUUUUGCUACUGUUUUCAAGUUCACCAAUCUUUUUUCUGCAAUAUCUAAUGUGUCCUUAAAUUCUUCUAGUUAUUUUUCAUCUCAGACAUUGUUUUCAUCUCUAGAAGUUCUGUAUGAGCCUUUUUUUUGUGUUCCAUGUCCAUACAUGUUCUAGGGCUUUAAUGUCCUUGUCUAUUAAUUUUAUCAUUUGUGUCAUUUCUUUUCAGUUUAGAUAGAAUAAUUUUUCUUCUCAUAGUGGUAUUUUCUUUUUCACAUGCCGGGUGAUUUUUUAAUAGAUGCCAUAUGUGAAUUUUACCUUAAAAUAUUUUAAAACCUUGUUCUGUGAUGCUUUUAAGUUACUUGAAAAAUAUUUCCUAUUCUUAUCUUGCUUUUAAGCUUUGUUUUUUGAGCCCAGCAGCAUUUAGGAUAGGGCUAAUUUUGCUGCACUACUGAUACAACUGUCUGACUGCUCUACCUGGUAGACUAUGAAUUAUGAGGACAUCCAUUUUGGUUAAUGAGGAACUGCUAAUAAUCCCAACUGUGUUUGCUACUUGGGAAUUUUUAUCUAAUCCUUUUGAGAGAUACUUUCCUAACUGUAUCAGGUUUCCUAGGGCUGCUAAAACAAAUUACCAGAAACUGGGUGUCUUAAAGUAGCAGAAAUUUAUUCUGUCACAGUGCUCAAGGCCAGAAGUCCAAAGCCAAGGUGUCAGGCACAGUUGGUUCCUUCUGAAGGCUCUUCCUUCUGGAGGUUCCAUGCCUCUUUCCUAGCAUCUGGUGGUUCCCACAAUCUUUGGCAGCUUCAUCAUUCCAAUCGCUCCAUCUUUAACUGGCCUUCUUCCUUGUGUGUUUUCCUUUAUUCUCGCCUCUUUGUAUAAGGACACCAGUUAUUAGAUUUAGGUCCUAUUAGUUCAGUAUGACCUCAUCUUAAAUAAUUUCACUAACAAAGACCCUAUUUCCAAAUUAGGUUUCAUUUUGAGGUUCUGGGUAGACAAGAAUUUUUGGGAGAUGUGAUUCAACCCACCGUACUGACCUUGGGUCUAUCCUCACAUGUACACGUUACCCGUUCUUACAGGACGGGGAACUGGAGAGAGACCCUGUACAGAUCUCCUGCGUUCUCUUUUUCAACAGCUUCCUUCUCUCUGGUAUUCCGCCCACAAACUCCAGCUCCCUGGGUUCCUAGGGCUCCCAGCUCCAUCUUCUCAACUCAGGGUUACCACGAGGCUCUGCCAGGGUUCCUGCUCACAGCUCUGUAGACUAAAAAACUAUUCAGGUACUAAACUCUUCAGUCUGGGCUCCCUUAUUUGUUUUUCUUCUUUCAGGUAUCACUGACCGUUUUGCCUGAUGCUCAGUGUGUUAAAAAAAAGUUUAUGUAACUUCUCCAGUUUUUUAGUUGUUUAAAGCCAAAAGCAAGUUAUACUGAAUUUUAACAAUCUCUAUGCAUUUAGCAUUGUUUUUGCGUUUCAUCUUCUCACUAAAAUUUAAAAUGGAAUUUACACUAGUUCCCUAUUCAGUUUUAUUUAAGUGACUAACGUUUCAUGUAAGAUUUGCUUUGCUUUGACAUGUGCUUUUUCUCUGCAGUUCAGUUAUUAAAUCAGUUCUCCUAUAUAUCCUAAAUAGCUGAAGAGUGAUUACAGGAAAAAAGAAAACUUUGAAUUCAGUUCUCUUGGUUAUUUUGAAAAUUGACGCCCUGACUCUCAAGACUCAACUAUUUUUCAUAUAUGUAGAUAUUCAAAUGUGAAAGUUUUUAAAGAUACUACUUAUUCAAAUAGUAUUCACUUUCUCUCAGUGAUUUGAUUAAAAGAAGACUGAGUCAAAUAAGUGGUAGAGGAUAGUUUUUCAAUGACCUAGUCAUUUUUAAAGUGAGAAAUUGGGUUCUUAAAGGACUAUACACUAAUAUAGCCAGUAGAAUUUAGAACAUAGCCUAAAGAAGUAGAAAAUUAAAGCUGUUCGUUUGAAAUACUUUAAAAUAAAUUAUUUGACUUAGUGUGUAGGAAAUAGAUUAAAUUAAUAAAAUGUACGUUUAAUAUAUGAUGUCCUGGGGAAAUAUAAGCUAGGAUAUAAGCUUAUAUUAAUAUAUACUAGGAUAAAGUAAUAUAAAAUGUAACAUAGGCCUAUACAGUUAGUAACUCUACACUGGAAAUUUGGUUUUUAGUUCCCUGGAAGUCUAAGUGAAGAGGAAAAGCUCGUGGGCGAUAAGAGUAUUCUCCAUGACAAGAGCAAAACAUAAUAAUUUUUUUCUAGGAGACAUUCUUACUAUGAUUUAGUGCUGAAAGAAGCAUCUCAUGUAGAAAAACAUUGGUUUGACAACCCAGAUGCUGUAAGCCCAACUCCUACAAGGCAGUUUUUAACUUUUAACUACCUCCUUCCUUUGAAUGCUUGGCUUCUAUUAUAUCCUUCAGAGCUCUGCUGUGAUUGGACCAUGGGAACAAUGCCACUUACAGAGUCAUUUCUAGAUAUUCGAAAAGUUGCCGUAUUUGCUUUCUUUUGCUUUUUGGGGGCUUUGGGAGUAUUUAGUCUCAGAUAUCCUGGUGAUUCCUCCAAGACUGUUUAAAUGAUUAUUCCUGGUAAAAAAUAUGCAGCCAGAAUUGCCCCUAACCACCUAUCAAUCUGGCCAACCUGAUCCGAGCAAAUGAGUCCCGACUGGAAGAAGCAGAUCAGCUGUAUUGACAAGCGAUGAGCAUGAGGCCAGACUUCAAGCAAGCUUACAUUAGCAGAGGAGAAUUGCUUUUAAAAAUGAAUAAGCCUCUUAAAGCAAAAGAAGCAUAUCUUAAAGCACUAGAGCUGAAUAGAAGUAAUGCAGAUCUUUGGUACAACUUGGCGAUUGUUCAUAUUGAACUUAAAGAACCAAAUGAAGCCCUAAAAAACUUUAAUCAUGCUUUAGAACUAAAUCCAAAGUAUAAGCUAGCAUUAUUUAAUUCUGCUAUAUUAAUGCAAGAAUCAGGUGAGGUUAAACUCAGACCUGAAGCUAGGAAACGACUUCUAAGCUAUAUAAAUGAAGAGCCACAAGAUGCUAAUUGUUAUUUCAACUUGGGAAUGCUUGCCAUGGAUGACAAAAAGGACACUGAAGCAGAGAUGUGGAUGAAGAAAGCCAUAAAUUGCAAGCCGACUUCAGAAGUGCUUUGUUUAAUCUGGCUCUCCUGUAUUCUCAGACUACAAAAGAAUUAAUGGCUUUGCCAGUUUUGGAAGAGUUACUCAGAUACUAUCCUGAUCAUAUUAAGGGUCUCAUUUUAAAAGACAUUCUGAUGAAUCAAAAGAAAGAUAUUCUUGAAGCAAAAAAAUGUUUUGAAAAGAUUUUGGAGAUGGAUCCAAGCAAUAUGCAGGGAAAACACAAUCUUUGUGUUGUUUAUUUUGAAGAGAAGGACUUAUUAAAAGCUGAAAGAUGCCUGGUUGAAACACUGGCAUUAGCACCACAUGAAGAAUAUAUUCAGCGCCAUUUGAAUAUAGUCAGGGAUAAAAUUUCCUCAUGUAGUUUUGUAGAACAGCCAAUAUUGCCAGCUGGUAAGACUUCAGGUGUAGAAGGAGAAAAAAUUCCAACUGAAAAUGGAGACGAUACCAGAAGUGAACCUGCACAGAUAAUAAAAACAAGUGAUAAAAGUCAGUCUCAAUCCAACAAACAAUUAGGAAAAAAUACAAAGAGAUCACUCACAAAACAGCUGAAGGGUCCCCACCAGUAAGAUGGCAAACUUCCGGCUUCUCUUCGGGGUCCUCAGUUCCCGCCGGCGCCACCUGAAGCCCAAUCACCUCUCACCCCCCUCCCAA